AUGCCAGUGCUCCAGAGUGUUUCCAACAAUACUGCUGUGAUCAUGAGACGUCACCUGAGUGCUGCAGCCUGCAACCAUAUCGUUGGUAUGAGCCUGGCUGGAGCAAAACAGAAGGACAUUGCAGCAGCUCUUGGUGUCACUCAGGGAGCCGUCUCCAAAAUCUUUAAGCGACACCUACAGACGGGUGUGCCGACGCCUAGACCGAGGUCUGGUCGGCCACGAAAGACCACUGAGAGAGAAGACAGGUAUCUGGUGGGACACUGGCGACACGUGAUAUUCAGUGAUGAGUCUCGUUUUGUCGUCUACCGGGAAGAUGGCCGUGUGAUGGUGCGUCGUCAGGCUCACGAGGCUCUGAACGAAGAUUGCAUCAUGCCCAGAGGCCAAGGCGGGGGCGGUGGGGUCACCGUCUGGGGUGCUUUUCAUAGCACUGGUUACUCUCAGCUAAUGCUCAUUGAAGGAAUUAUUGUUCAUUGUUAUGAAAAGAUUAAUGAAUGGAAGCGUGGCAUAAGUGCUUACAAAGAAGCAGUGAUCAAAGUUCAGAGUGAUCCACAACUUGACAGUUUUGAAGGGUGUGAAAUUUGA